GGCUGGAGAGUGCCCUGUGCGGGGCUGAAGUUCCUCCGGCAGCGGGGGCUGUGAGUGCCCAGCCCAGCCGGGGGGCGAGCAGCGCGGCCGGGAUCGCGCUACCCGGAGCGUACGCAGACAGACGUGAUUAAAAUUCAAGCCUAAUGGCCUCUGGCAUAAACAACAUUCAGCAGCCCGGGACUUACAAUGGUUCUAAAGCCUCUCGCAGCAGCUCGGCAGAGGAAUGCAAUCGGGAAAUGCACAUGAAAAUGUGCAAGAAAAUUGCCCAGCUCACUAAGGUGAUAUAUGCCCUGAACACUAAGAAUGAUGAACAUGAGGACAAUAUACAGGCUCUAAGAGAGGCUCAUGAAGAAGAAAUUCAGAAUAUUCUUGCUGAGACAAGAGAAACAAUUCUCCAGUGUAAAAGCAAAGUUGAAGAAGAACAGUUACUGAGAAAGCAUAUUCAGGCCCUUGAAAUUGCAGUAGCACAACACAAGAGAUUGAAAGAAGAAGCCUUGGCAGAGUUAAUAUUGUGUAAAAAGCAAGCAGAAGAGAAGGAGUCAAGAACAGAAGUGAAACAAGCACAGACAGGCCUUUCUACAGACUCAGUAGAUACCAAUGCAGGCUUUGAAAACAAACUUCUACAUUUAAAUCAGGAGUUUGAUGGGUUGCUAAAUGAAUACAAAGCAUUUAGAGGAGAAAAUUUAGAUAAAAAAGUAAAUUUAGAUGAAAAAUGUACUGCAGAAAGAUACACUGUAAUAAAUGAGAUGGAAAACCUGAAGAGCAAGAACCAGAAAACAACUGAAGAAUAUAGUCAGAAAACAAGAAAACUGCAAGCCCCUUGUGAGACAGAAAAAGAGACUUUGAAAAAAGCCAUGCAGCAAUCUGUAAUAGAAACAAACUGUCAGCAAAGAGAAACAGGGCAAAAGAAGAGCUCAGAGACUGAGGAAGGUUUUUUGCUACUGCAGGUAAAGAAACUGGAAGCAGACCUAGAGGAGAAAAGCCAGAAGAUAAAUGAGAGGAAGAAGCAUUCCCAGAAGCUGAAGGAGAGAAUACAGGAGCUCCAGACACAGCUAGAUGAAUUUAAAAGAAAAUCUGAGUGUGAACUAAAGCAACUAGAGAAAGAGAAAGAAGUUCUAACAGGGAAACUUCAAAACUCUUCACUUGAGGUGGCUCAGCUGAAGCAAAUAUUAGAACAACAAGCAAAGAAUUUCAAGGAGUCACUGAAGAAAUAUAAUCUACAGUCCAACAAAGAAAAAGAGAAGCUUUUGCAGGAUCUUCAAAACGCCAUUAAAGAAAAUCAAAAUGUUAAACUGCAGUUGGAGGCAUCACACCAAAAAGUCUUAAAAAUGUUGGAGGAAAGCAAGAAUCAGGAACUCAAGGAGGCAGAAGAACGAUUGAAAAAGGAAUUUAAUGAGACUUUCAAGAUCCAACAUCAGUCUCAUAGGCUGGAAAUACAAACCUUGGAAGAGAAAGCAAAGAAAGAAUUACAUGAUGAACUUGAGCAGAUACAGAAGCAGCAAGCCCUGCUGCUAGGAUCUCUAAGGAUGGAACUCUCUGAGCAGCAAACAUUAUGCACAAACCUAAAGAAACAAAUAGAAGAACUACAAAUGGAGCUGAGGAGUGUGAGGACACUGAAGAAGCAACAGGAAGGAAGUAGCCAAACCCAGAUCAGAUCUCUUCAUGAUGAACUGGAAAAAUGUCAGAGUGAAAUUUCUGAACUCAAGAAAGAGAAUUUACUUUUGAAGGACACAAUGGAGCUGCUCAGUGCUGAGUUGGAGUCACAGAAGCAAGAAGCUACACAGCUUCAGGAUAGAGAUAAACAGCACACAAGGCUACUGGUAGAAGACCUCAAUAUCAAGCAUAAAAAAGAACUGGACAUACUGAAACAAGAUCACCGGAAGGAAAUUGAAAACAUAGUAUCUGAUUUCAGCAGCACUCAGGCACAUCUCCAAGCAAAGAUUUUCUCCUUAGAAACUGUACUUAAAGAAUUAGAAGAAAAGUCAAGAAAGUGGGAGUCCAGGCCUGAAGAUACACACCUUAUAAACUGUCUGCAAGACAAAUUAAGUGAGAAAGAAGAGAUUAUCAAGCAGCUGGUGGAAGGAAGAAAAUGUCAGCAUUCGCUUUCAGCCAACACUGAAUCUUACAGGAAUCGAUCAUUUUCUUUCAACCCUAAUACAGCAUGCCUGACUCCCUUCAUGAAGCAGCAGAAGAAAACGGUUGAGGUGCCCAGUCGUGUUGUCAGUGUUCCAAAUUUAGCUUCCUAUGCAAAGAGCUUUUUGAGCUGUGACUUGAGAUCAAAAAGAAGUGCUCCUCAAAUAACAAAAUCUACGAGCUUAGACCGGAGUUCUGGCUGCCUCAGGGUGGGCUCUCCAUCGACACAGUCCUCAGACAACAGUGCUGCCACAAGGACACAUGGCAAUGAACCACCACAAACCAAAGAUGACCAAAAACAAGACCCUCAGCAUCAAGAAUGGUUUACUAAGUAUUUUUCAUUUUAA